AUGCCUGGACACGUGGCAGAUGAUGGGCUGCGGUUGUUCAAGCAAGGACACGUAAACGAUCCAGAUCUCAAUUUAUGUGGAGGCAUAGAAGUUGGCUUCCAACUCCUCUCAAAUCUCAAUACGGCGGAGUGGAGUGAUGAACAACUCCAAGGGCAAAAAGGGAACCCUGCAAAUUAUAAUAGAUCAGAGGAUCUAUUUCCUCUCCCACGAUACGAGUCUGCGCGGCCCACUUAUUAUGGAGAGGACAUUACUUCUUCGUUCAGAAUUUUGUUUACGAGUAUAAUGGAUCAAGAUCUAGUUCCUCUUUAUAGUCUUGCGAUACGAGUCAGUGAACCUCUGACCGAAGGAUCUCUCGAAGGUCACGACUCGGCGAACCUCUUAUUGUAUCUUCCGCAAUCUCAAAUUCUGGAUUCUCUAGGAUUCUCUCUUCAGAUUUCAGCGCGUAAGCUCUGCAAUCUCGAAUUUAGGGUUUAUCGACUCUGUCUCUCGCUUUCUCUCACACCCGCUCCUUCUCGUUUUCAUCUUCUGGUGCAAGGCCAAAUCCAAUUACUCAAUCAACUGGGCCGUAGCCUUUUGAAGCCCUUAGUAAAAGGCCUCUCUGGCCCACGUAGUUUGUUGCUUAGUGAAUCUCUAUUACUGGGAGUGAUUCUCGGUGUUCCUGUUAGUUGUGGAGAACCUGUGCUAUGGUCCUCUGUGGCUAUUAUUUUCAUAUAUAGAUAUAUCCUUGCUCGGUUCUUACUUGUGUUGUUGAGUUCCCCUCUCGGCUUGCAUCAAUUUUGGUAUCGAAGCCUCGCGUGUGCCUCCAUGAGUACCACACGCAGCGGUCGGCAGUAUGGCGUCCCUGAAUCACGGCUUGAGCAGCUCAUGGAAUCCCUCAUCCAGCGGGUUGACUUGAUGUCUGAAAAACUUGAUACUGUGUGGGAGCAUGUCUUUCCAGCAGAUCAAGAUGGUGUUGACGUUGAUUCUGUCCUUCCUGAUGAUGUUCUUCCCGCCGGUGACCCCUCUGCUUCAGAUCUGGGCAGCAGAGCCUCCAGCCCCAGAGCACAAAAGGAUCUUAAUGACCCACCACCAUUGGACCACCAAACCCAUGUUCUUCCCCCAUUACCCACAGUCACACCUCAACUUCCUGCACCUCCGAUCUACCAUCACCCACCCCCGAUUCAACCUCCCCCUCCGCCCUUACACAAUAGUUCCCCUUCCGUGAGACAUCCCCUGCCCCCUCGCCCCUCAACCAAUCAUCCCGCACCCAGAUUUCCUGAACAGCAGUUCCUUCCCCCGUAUCACCACCAGCAACAGCCCCACCAUCACCUGCAGCCCCACCAUCCCACCUAUAACACCUACCCUCCUGCACCCCAUCAUGGCUACCCACCCCCAACCUACCAGCAAGACCCCCACCACCAACCACACUCCUAUAGCCAUCCGUACCAAACAGGAUAUCCCUCUCACAAUGGACACCCUGGGGGUUAUGAACGACACACAGAUGUGUCUCGCCGUGUCAAACUCGAAGUUGCUGAUUUCUCUGGGAAUGUCGGUCCCAAUGAGUUUACCGAUUGGUUAACAACCGUCGAAGAGUACUUACAGUGGUACAGUGUCCCAGAUCAGGCCAAAGUGCAGUUGGUUAAGGCAAAACUCAAAGGGGCGGCGAAAGUUUGGUGGCUAAAUGUGCAGGAGCAACUCUACCGCCUCCAACAACCACCCAUCACAGAUUGGGAAGUGAUGAAACUACGAUUGAGCAAGAAGUAUUUACCCAAAAACUACAAAGCCCUGAAAUUUCGUGCACUCCUUAACCUCAGGCAAGGGCGGUUGUCCGUAGAUGAGUAUGCUCAUCAAUUCCAUGAUCUCAGCGUCCGCAGUGGUGUGACUGAGGAUGAAGAGCAGACCUUGACCCGUUUUAUCAAUGGCCUCAAUGAUGAUAUUAAGAAGCACAUGUUGUCGAUGCAACUUUCAAUCACUAGUCUUGAUGAGGCUCAUCUGAUUGCAAAAGAGGUUGAGACCCAACUCAAGGACACCUCAAGUCGACAACGUUCCAGUUAUGUGGAAAACCGGGUAACUGAUGCGAAGGGUUCCCGUACCAAAGCAGAGGGUUCAAGCGUCUCUUCAGCACGAACUGGCAAUGUAGGGAGAGUUGAAGGGUCGGGUCCAAGGUGUUACAAGUGUAAUGGCAUUGGCCACUAUGCCGUCUUGUGUCCGACCAAGAAUCAAAAGGUAGCUCUGAUAUGCGAGAAUGACUUGCUACAGCUAGCGCAAGAAGAGGUAGAAGAGGACUCAUUGCCUACAGACAAAGAAAACGAGGAGGAAGAAUUGGAGGCUUCCACUUUACCUAGUUAUGUGAUUCGUCGGAUACUCACGGGUCAGGUACAAGAAAAAGAGGUGGAUGCUUCGUGGUUACGGACCAGCAUUUUUCACACUAGAGUGGAGUUUGCCCAUAGUGCCAAUGACGUUAUAAUCGACAGUGGUAGUGGGAUGAAUGUUGUUGCGGAAGAUUUGGUGAAACGAUUACGACUGAAAAGAAUAAACCAUCCUAAACCAUAUCGUGUUAGUUGGGUCAAUGACACUUCCAUUCCGGUUAAACUUCAAUGCUUGGUAUCUUUUUCUCUGGGCAGGUUUAAGGAUGAGGUUCGAUGCGAUGUGCUUCCAAUGACGGCGUGCCAUCUGCUAUUGGGUCGGCCUUGGUUGUAUGACCAUGAUGUGGUCUAUCGCGGUAGAGCAAAUACGUACACUUUUGUGGAUAAUGGCAGGAAAUUUACCCUUCGACCCAUGCGACCUGGUACUACUAUUCCCACUAAGGUACCUUCAGUACAAGAGCCCAAGGUGGAGCCUACAUCAGAGUCCCCUGUCCUGACACUAUCCCAAUUUGAGGAAGCAUUCCAUGAGUCGCAAAUGUGCCUAUUGCUGGUUGUUCAAACUGCCAGUAAACAGUCUGAUGACACAGGGGUCCGCAGUGUUGUGUUGACUAAACUAUUAGAAGAGCAUGCUUCAUUAAUGCCUGAUGAGUUACCUGAUCAACUUCCUCCCAUGCGUUCUAUCCAGCACGCCAUUGACUUGGUGCCCGGUUGUAGCUUACCAAACCUGCCAGCGUAUCGCAUGAAUCCUAGAGAGCAUGUUGAACUCAAGCGUCAAGUGGAAGGUUUGCUAAACAAGGGGUUUAUCCGUGAGAGUAGUAGCCCUUGCGCUGUUCCGGCCCUCCUCACACCCAAGAAGGAUGGUACGUGGCGCAUGUGCGUCGAUAGUCGGGCAAUUAACAAAUUGACCGUUAAGUAUCGAUUUCCGAUUCCCCGCCUUGACGAUCUUAUUGACCAGCUUUGCGGAGCUAAGAUUUUUUCAAAAAUUGACCUCAAGAGUGGUUAUCAUCAAGUGCGAGUUCGGCCCGGCGAUGAAUGGAAGACCGCCUUCAAAACUCGAGAUGGGCUUUAUGAGUGGCUUGUUAUGCCUUUUGGCCUUUCCAAUGCCCCCAGUACUUUUAUGCGAUUGAUGAACCAUACUUUCAGGGAGUAUAUUGGGAAGUUUGUUGUUAUAUACUUUGAUGACAUUUUAGUGUUUAGCACAACUGUCUCUGACCAUCUAGCACACUUGCGUACUGUUUUCCACACUUUACAGGUUGAGGAGCUCUUUAUCAAUCGGCAAAAGUGCCUUUUCUUGCAGACCCGAGUGAUUUUCCUGGGUUUUGUUCUCUCAGAUCAGGGUGUUGAGGCCGAUCCUGAGAAGGUGCGUGCCAUUGUUGAGUGGCCAACUCCAUCUAGCGUCCAUGAUGUACGCAGCUUCCACGGCCUCGCCACCUUCUAUCGGCGGUUUAUCCGAAACUUUAGCUCUAUUGUUGCUCCCUUAACAGAAUGCCUGAAAUCUGAGUUGUUUGUGUGGACCGAUGCUGCGGAGGCAGCCUUUCAUCACAUCAAGCAACAUAUGACACAAACACCUAUCCUCCGGAUGCCUAAUUUUGAGCAAGUCUUUGAAGUGGCAUGUGAUGCUUCUCAUGUCGGGAUUGGCGGUGUUCUUAGCCAAGGAGGGCACCCGAUCGCUUUCUUUAGCGAAAAACUCAAUGAUUGUCGCAAGCGCUAUUCCACCUAUGACAUCGAAUUGUAUGCUUUGGUACAAACCAUCAAGCAUUGGCGACAUUACUUGGUCUAUCGGGAGUUUGUCCUAUUUACUGACCAUGAUUCCUUGCGCCACCUCCAAUCACAGCGAAAACUAAAUGCACGGCAUGCUCGAUGGAUUGAUUUCCUCCAACAGUUCACUUUUGUAAUCAAACACAAAGCUGGCAAAGAUAAUCGUGUGGCGGAUGCUUUGAGUAGGCGCAGUCACCUCCUUACCACCUUUGAGGCCACUAUCACCGGGUAUGAUGAAUUUCCUAAUCAGUAUGCUUUAGAUGUUGACUUUGUUCAAAUCUGGACGACUCUUAAGGAGGGCGGUAUAGUGACAAAGGGUAAUUACAAGUUGCAUGAAGGAUUUCUGUUCAAGGAUUUGCGGCUGUGUAUUCCGGCGGGAUCGAUUCGAGAGUUUCUCAUUCAAGAAUUGCACCAGGGGGGCCUAGCAGGGCAUUUUGGUAUUGACAAAACCCUAUCUCUGGUAGAAGACAGGUUCUAUUGGCCUCACUUGCGACGGGACGUCACCAAAGUAGUGAAACAAUGUCGCAUUUGUCAACUCAACAAAGGAAUCAAGCAUAAUACUGGACUUUAUACUCCUUUACAGGUCCCUGAUCACCCUUGGGAGCAUUUGAGCCUCGAUUUCGUGUUGGGUUUACCAACCACAGCCGCUGGUCACGAUUCCAUCAUGGUAGUUGUGGAUCGUUUUUCCAAGAUGGCGCACUUUUGCGCAUGUAACCGCACCUAUGAUGCCUCUCGAGUAGCAACUUUGUUUCUGAAGGAUAUUGUGAGGCUACAUGGGCUUCCGUUGAGUUUGGUUUCCGACCGUGAUAGCAAGUUUGUAAGUUAUUUUUGGAAGACUCUUUGGCUAAAAAUGGGCACUAAGCUCAAGUAUUCAAGUGCUUUUCAUCCGCAGUCCGACGGGCAAACGGAAGUUGUGAACCGCAGCCUCGGCAACCUUCUAAGAUGCCUGGUUAAUGAGCACGGAAUUACCUGGGACGGCAUUCUCCCUCUCGCUGAGCUUGCCUUUAAUAACUCUACCAACAGAACAAUUGGAUGCUCACCAUUUGAGGCCGCCUACGGUGUUCAACCUAGAGCACCAGUAGAUUUGCACGCACUGCCCAGUGGAAUUAGACCCAGUGAAUUGGCAUUAGAGUUUGCAGACCACCUCAGCUCAGUACAUGCGGAAGUCAAGCGUCGGAUCAUUUUAAGUAAUGAUAAGUAUCAACAACAUGCCAAUCUCCAUCGCCGCCAUGAAGAGUUACAAGAUGGUGACUGGGUUCUUGUUCGACUACGAGCUGAACGGUUUUCAGCGGGAGCCUACCACAAGCUCCAUGCUCGCCGGGCUAGACCUUAUCAAGUUAAGAAGCGACUGGGUAGCAAUGCAUAUUUACUUGACCUGCCAGAUACUUUGAAGAUUAGUCCCAUAUUCAACAUCGAAGAUCUCACUCCCUGUUCUCCCCCUUCAGAAUUGGCCCUUAUUCCCGAACUGAAUCUUCCCCAGAGCCCUCCUGUAAUAGACCUCCCCGCAGCAAUUCUGGAUCAUCAGUUUGUCUCCACCCGCCGAGGAGGGUACGAUAAGUUCUUGGUCUUAUGGCAUGACAAACCUUUAACUGAAGCAGUGUGGAUGACUGAUUCACAACUCCAAACCACUUGUCCUGGCCUUCUUGAACAGUUUCUUAACAAGUUAUCGCCGGAGGCAAGUUCUUCUGACCCGGGGGGAAUUAGUGCAAGGCCAAAUCCAAUUACUCAAUCAACUGGGCCGUAG